GCGCCUGGGUUGGCGGCCGCGCGCGGGCCAGCGGGCUGAGCUCUGCACUGCGCGGGGGCGCACCGCUCGGGGGACCCAGGCCCCGCCACCUCCCCUCCGCCCCCAGGCUCGGUUCUCACUUUGGAGCAGUGGGAGGACGUGAAGCGGGAGCCAUGCAGUCGGAAUCGGGGAUCGUGCCGGAUUUCGAAGUCGGGGAGGAGUUUCACGAAGAGCCCAAAACCUAUUACGAACUCAAGAGUCAACCCCUGAAGAGCAGAGUCAUGGUUUGGGAACUAUUUGGAAGACCCUUCGGUAAAUUUUCCUUGCCUAUGAGCAGUUCCGAGGAGCAUCCUGGGGCCUCCAAGCCUCCAGUAAGCUCCUCCAGUAUGACAUCACGCAUCUCGCUACGCCAGCAACUCAUGCGCGAGCAGAUGCAGGAACAGGAACGCAGGGAGAGGCAGCAGAGGCUGCAGGCGGCCCGCUUCAUGCAGCAGAGAGUGCCCGUGAGUCAGACACCAGCCAUAAACGUCAGUGUGCCCACCACCCUCCCCUCUGCCACCCAGGUGCCGAUGGAAGUCCUUAAGGUGCAGACCCACCUCGAAAACCCCACCAAGUACCACAUACAGCAAGCCCAAAGGCAGCAGGUAAAGCAGUACCUUUCUACCACUUUAGCAAAUAAACAUGCCAACCAAGUCCUGAGCUUGCCAUGUCCAAACCAGCCUGGCGAUCAUGUCAUGCCACCAGUGCCCGGGAGCAGCGCACCCAACAGCCCCAUGGCUAUGCUUACACUUAACUCCAACUGUGAAAAAGAGGGAUUUUAUAAGUUUGAAGAACAAAACAGGGCGGAGAGCGAAUGCCCAAGUAUGAACACUCAUUCACGAGCGUCAUGCAUGCAGAUGGAUGAUGUAAUCGAUGACAUCAUUAGCCUAGAAUCAAGUUAUAAUGAAGAAAUCCUGGGCCUGAUGGAUCCCGCUUUGCAAAUGGCAAAUACGUUACCCGUCUCUGGAAACUUGAUUGACCUUUAUGGGAAUCAAGGCCUGCCACCAGCGGGCCUCACCAUCAGCAACUCCUGCCCAGCCAACCUUCCCAACAUAAAAAGGGAGCUCUCAGCGCAUAUUUUUCCCACAGAGUCUGAAGCAAGAGCAUUGGCCAAAGAGAGACAAAAAAAGGACAAUCACAACUUAAUUGAACGAAGAAGAAGAUUUAACAUAAAUGACCGCAUUAAGGAACUAGGUACUUUGAUUCCCAAGUCAAAUGAUCCAGACAUGCGCUGGAACAAGGGAACCAUUUUAAAAGCGUCUGUGGACUAUAUCCGGAAGUUGCAACGGGAACAGCAACGUGCUAAAGAGCUUGAAAACAGACAGAAGAAGCUGGAGCACGCCAACCGGCACUUGUUACUCAGAAUACAGGAACUUGAAAUGCAGGCUCGAGCUCAUGGACUUUCCCUUAUUCCAUCCACGGGUCUCUGCUCUCCAGAUUUGGUGAGUCGCAUCAUCAAGCAGGAACCCGCUCUUGAGAACUGCAGCCAAGACCUCCUCCAGCAACACGCAGACCUAACAUGCACAACGACCCUGGAUCUCACAGAUGGCACCAUCACCUUCAACAACACUUUUGGAGCUGCGACCGAGAGCAGCCAAGCCUAUAGCGUUCCCACGAAAAUGGGAUCCAAACUGGAAGACAUCCUCAUGGACGAUACUCUUUCUCCUGUUGGCAUAACUGAUCCACUUCUCUCCUCGGUGUCCCCUGGGGCAUCCAAAACCAGCAGCCGAAGGAGCAGUAUGAGCAUGGAAGAAACCGAGCACGCUUGCUAGCAAAUUCUCCCUGCUCUGCGUCCUCACAGACUGCUUCCUUCCUUCAUUAGCAGAUUUAAUAAUUUACCUGAAGGGUCUUUCUUGAUCAUUUUCCUUUACUAUGAAAAAUUUUUUGUCAUGCUUUAUCAAUAGCCCAGGAUAUAUUUUAUUUUUAGAAUUUUGUGAAACAGACCUAUUUUACAACUACAAAUGCCUCCGAAGUACUGUAUGGUAGGGUACAGUAUCUGUGAACUGAAUUCACCCCAGAUUUUGGCUUUCAGAGCAAGAGGAUUUUUAGCAUCAGAGAAAUUUAUGUCCAUUUUUAUUCAGGGGAAACUUGGUUUGCUGUUUGCAUGCCUGGGACUUCCUUGGAAAUGAAAUGUAAAGUGUAAUUGAAAGAAUGUAAAGCAA